UCAUUUUUCGCGCGUUUCAAAUGAAACGUACUGACGAUACUUUUGGUUAAUUUAAACAAUUUUUUGUGUAUUAUAAAUUAAAGUUAUAUUUUUUAUCAUAUAAAAUGGAUCAAAACGAAGUGUAUGUUACUUGUGCAGUGAAUAUAGAGUGGCUUAAUGCUCUUGGAUCUAUAAUUCGUAAAGCAAAUUACCGAAUGGCUACUUUGAGAUUGAUUCGCAAUGAUAUGCGUGACUUAUUAUUAGAAAUAACAGCAGAAAAGCAAACUACGUUAAAACUUCCUCUUAAAGGAAUUAAUGUAUUUAGCAAGUUUAUGUCAGAGGGAAAAGCUACUAUUAAAUUCAAAGAAUCUAAAUGCACAAUUUUGCUUUCGAAUGCGCCCCCAUCCACUCUACAAAUAUUUUUGAGAACUCUGUUUGUUAAACUAACAGGCAACCGUGAACCAAUGACUCCGAAAACUCUGAGAGAAAAAAUGCUUAAUAGUAAUCCUAAUAAAUAUGACGAGGUGAGCCCUAUAACCACUGCUGAUAUGAAGAAAGCUAAAAGUUUGAUUAAUUCAAAAUUACCUCAAUCUUCAUCUCCAUGUUCAAGCUUCGUACGCAAAAGAAAAUUAGAAGGUGAAAAUAAUUGUAAUAGUUUACCAGCAGCUAAAAGGAUCUAUUCUGAAAAUGACAUUUUUGAUGAAGAUUUAAAGUUGAAUUCAGAGCAAGAGAAUGUGCUGCAAGCGUGUCUUAGUGGUAGAAAUGUAUUUUUUACUGGAUCGGCUGGUACUGGUAAAAGUUUUCUGCUUAAGAAAAUUAUUCAAGCUUUGCCUCCGGAUAGUACAGUUGCCACAGCUAGUACAGGUGUAGCGGCUUGUCUCAUUGGUGGCAUGACUCUUCAUUCUUUUGCUGGGAUGGGUUCUGGCGAGGCAACUCUUGAACGAUGUGUACAAAUGGCUACUAAAAAUGCUUCACAAAAUUGGAGAAGAUGUAAACAUCUUGUUAUAGAUGAAAUUUCUAUGGUUGAUGGUCAAUAUUUUGAGAAAAUUGAAGCAGUAGCAAGGGCAGUGAAAAGAAAUGAUCGCCCUUUUGGAGGCAUACAGCUGAUAUUAUGUGGUGAUUUUUUGCAAUUACCUCCUGUAAUUAAAAUCGAUUAUUCUAAAAACAAUUUCAAUGCCCAAGCAAAAGAUAAUACACAUAAAAGAUUUUGUUUUCAAUCUCCAGCUUGGGAGAAAUGUAUUCAAAAUACUUAUGAACUACAAAUGGUACAUAGACAGAAAGACUCUGAGUUUGUAAAAAUCUUGAAUUCAAUCAGAAUUGGUCGUGUCACUGAAGAAAUAUCUACAAGACUGUUGGAAACUGGUAAACAAGUUAUAGAACAAGAUGGUAUAUUAGCUACAAGAUUAUGUUCUCACAUGAAUGAUGCAAAUAUGAUUAAUGAUAAUAAGUUAGAGCAAUUAAAAGGGGAAGAACAAGUUUAUGAAGCACAAGACAGUGAUAUAGCAUCAAGAAAGCAACUUGAUCUGCAAACUCCUGUUUCUUAUAAACUCGUUUUGAAAGUUGGAGCACAGGUAAUGUUGUUGAAAAAUAUUUCUGUAGCAGAUCAUUUAGUAAAUGGUGCGCGUGGCGUAAUAAUUCGGUUUGAUGAGACAAACAAUCUACCAGUAGUAAAAUUUAAAAAUAAAAAAGAAUAUGUUGUUAAGCAUGAAAAAUUUGUAAUGAAAACGGCAGCAGGAGGAAUAUUGACUCGCAAACAAAUUCCGCUCCGUCUUGCAUGGGCCUUUUCUAUUCAUAAGUCUCAAGGACUUACAUUGGACUGUGUAGAAAUGUCUUUAUCCAAAGUUUUUGAAGCUGGACAGGCCUACGUAGCUUUGAGUAGAUGUCAAAGCUUAGAAAGUUUACGUGUUCUGGAUUUCGAUGCAAAGCAAGUAUGGGCUAAUGUAGAUGUAUUGCAGUUCUAUAGAAAUUUUAGAAGACAAUUACAUAGCACAGAGUUUUACAAGUUGGGUGAGAAAAAAGAUAAAAAAUCUGCUAUCAAAAGUACAAAAGCAUUAGUGAAAAGUUUAGAGCGAAAACCUUUAGUGAAUAUAUGCUGAUUUUAAAUACUAUUUGUAAUUAGAUAAUUGAAUAUCUUUAGCAGUAAAAUUAUAUUCUGUUUUUAAAUAAUAUUUAAAUUAUGAAUAGAAAUUUUUAAACCUAUAUUUAUCAAAACGGUAUUAGUGCAUUUAUAUUAGAUAGAUAUCACCAUUUUAGUAGAUACACAUACAAAUA